AUGCGUGGUCGUGUUACAUUUCUUUCUAGUUUCCAAAUUCCAACUGAAUCUGGUGCUAGAUUAACUGUUGCAUUACAAGACACAUCACUGGCUGAUGCUCCAGCAAAAAUUAUUGCAAGAUCAAUAAGCAAAGCAAUUCGAUUUCCAAUAGUAUUUGCUAUUAAAUAUUUACCUUCACAAAUUUCAGAAAGACGCACCUAUUCACUUAGUGUGACUAUUAGAGAUAAAAACAACGAAUUAUUAUAUAUCAAUGAUGUAAAUAUUAGAGUAACGCCAGUAGGUCCUCGUCGUACUAAGUUCAUUGAUGUACCUGUUAUAAGUGUUAAACAAACGAAACCUGUAGUAAACAAAAACCGAUGGCCUGAGUUAGUUGGUAAAAAUGGUCAAACAGCGGUGAAUAUAAUCAAAAAAGAAACAGGUAAAAUAAUUCAAAUGUAUAUCGAUAAAUUUAUUCCAAAGAUGAAAUUAGGUUUCACAAAUGUUGUAAUAGUCAAAGAAGGAGCACCAGUUACAUUAGAUUAUCGCACAGAUCGUGUUCGUGUUUUUGUUGAUGAUAAAGGAAUUGUUAAAAGUGUACCAACAAUUGGUUGA